AUGGAAUUGAAAUUAAAACCUUAUACUGGGGUUGAAAACAAUUGGGAUGAUGUGAAGAAUGAUUCUGAUAAUGAUUUGGGUGAUGAUUUCGAUUAUCAACCGAAUGUAGAAGAUGAUGCUAAAGACAACAAUGUAGAUUCGCUGGAUUCUACUAGCAAGAGUGAAGAAGUUUGUGGUGUAAAAAGAAUAGCAGAUUUAAUGGUGGAGGAUGUUUGGAACCUGGAGUUUAGGACAGAGGAUAAGACCUGCCAAUUUUAUAACGCUUAUUCUUGUUGGCAUGGAUUUGUAAUGAAGAAGGACGACGUGGUUAGGGAUAAUCAAGGUAGAAUCAUUAUUAGGCAACUUGUUUGCAACAAAGAGGAUUGGAGGAAUAUGAGGUAUCUUGAUCUGGAUGAUAGAUCAAGGGAGGCAAGGUCACUAACGCGAACCAAGUGUCCAAUUCGGCUUAGGGUAAAGCUUGACUAUGACUGCGGUAGAUGGAGGGUAUCAUGUUUUGUGGAAUCUCACAACCACGAUCUGACGCAACCCCCAAUUUGCGCAUCUGGUUUUGGCCAAUUGUCGUCUCACUGUCACUGA